AUGAGUUCAUCCGAAAGUCACAUGAGUUCAUCCGAAAGUCAAAGUCAAUCGGUUGAAGUCAGUUCGGAAGAGCAAUCAGGAAAUUGUGCGUGGAGAUCCCAAAAUCCUGAUGCCAAUGCGCCGUACACUUUCUCGUCUAAUGAAUGCUGCGACUCACGUCUCUCCAGAAUUAUGCGAGAUGCGGCUGCUAACUCUAUAACAUCUCCUCAACUGGGUGAUGCCGCGAGGUACAUUCAACGGCGGAUCCAGCUGGACUAUAUGUCAUCAUUCGAGGUGAUUAUUAGUAAAGGCGACUUUGCCACUUCUACAUACUACCACGGCUUAAGCACUUGUAAGAUACACGAUGGAGAAUACAAUCUUCUUGCAUACGAAACACCUGUUCAAUACAAUCCAUUCAACGUCGCACAGGAAGAUCUGCUUGCCAGUGCUGACUCCGAAGAGCCUCUAGGAGAUAAAUAA